AUUAUCUCUCCAUAAUUGUCACCAAAUGGAGUCUUCCUCUUCUUGGGCUCUUAUAGUAAUGGCAUCACUAGCAGCCUUAGCCUUUCUCUCAAAAUUAUUACCCUUCAAAUCCCACCAGCUAAAAUUUCCACCAGGUCCCAAACCUUGGCCAAUCAUAGGCAAUCUAAAUCUUAAAGGUUCCCAUCCCCCCAAAUCUCUUCACAUACUGGCCCAAAAAUAUGGACCAAUUAUGCAACUAAAGUUUGGAUCUUUCCCUGUUGUGGUUGCCUCAUCUGCUGAAAUGGCAAAGGAAUUCCUAAAAACACAUGACCAUGUCUUUGCCUCUAGACCCAAAUCUGCCGCUGGCAAGUACUUAUCUUAUAACCAUCACAAUAUCACGUGGGCACCUGCUGGACCAUAUUGGCGACAAGGGCGUAAGAUUUUCCUCUCUGAGUUGUUUAACUCAAAACGCCUCGAGUCCUAUCAAUACAUUCGUGUUGAAGAAAUGCGUGCAUUUUUGUCACGCCUUUGCACAUUGUCAGGGAAGCCGGUUGUGCUUAAAGACCAUCUCUUCCGUUUUACUCUAAGCAGUAUGAGCAGAAUUAUAUUAAGUAAGAAAUAUGUUAGUGAUGAGUCUAAAUACGAGACCUCGAUAGUGAGACCAGAAGAAUUUCAAGAAAUGAUAGAAGAGUUGUUCUUGCUAAAUGGGGUGUUUAAUAUUGGGGAUUGGAUACCGUGGCUCAAUUUCUUGGACUUGCAGGGGUACGUGAAGCAAAUGAAGGCUUUAAAGAAGAAGUUUGAUCGGUUCCUUGACCAUGUGUUUAACGAACACAAGAAAAAGAUGGAAGGAGUGAAGGAUUUUGUGCCAAUGGAUAUGGUGGAUAUAUUAUUGCAGCUGGCUAAUGAUCCAAAUAUAGAUGUUAAGCUCACUUACGAUAGUAUUAAGGCACUCACCCAGGAUCUACUAGCUGGAGGCGUAGAUACCUCUGUAACAAUUAUGGAAUGGGCAAUGGCCGAAUUAUUAAAGCAACCACCCCUCAUCAAAAAGGCCACUGAAGAGCUGGAUAGAGUAAUUGGGAGAGAGAGAUGGGUGGAAGAGAAAGACAUUCCAGAACUUCCUUAUAUUGAAGCAAUUGUGAAAGAGACAAUGAGGAAGCACCCUGUGGCUGGAUUACUUGUACCACGGUUAGCUCUUGAAGAUUGUGAUGUAGUUGGUUACAAAAUUCAGAAAGGAACUAGAGUCUUCAUAAACACAUGGAGUAUAGGGAGAGAUCCUUCAUUAUGGGAUGCACCUGAAGAGUUCUGCCCAGAUAGGUUUUUAGGAAAGGCUAUUGAUGUGAAGGGACAAAAUUUUGAGCUACUGCCAUUUGGUUCAGGGAGGAGAAUGUGCCCUGGCUACAACCAUGGACUAAAGGUGGUUAGCACUACCUUGGCUAAUAUGUUGCAUGGAUUUUACUGUAAAUUACCGGAUAACAUGAACUGUGAAGAUUUAAGCAUGGAUGAAGUUUAUGGAUUUGCAACAGCUCUCAAAUUCCCACUUAUUGCAGUGAUGGAGCCUCGACUUCCGCUUCAUCUGUAUUAGUUGUGAAUUUGACAUGUAACACCUUCUCUUUGAUGUACCUUUUUGUUAUUAUGACACAUUGCUACUAAAUAAUUGUGUCUUAGUCAUGUAUGAUGUACCAAGUCUCUAGUUUCGUUGAAAAUAAACUUUCGAAAAAGAAAAGUUUGGUUUGGUCUA